GCGACGCCGCGUACCGCUUCUAAUGAAUGCGGGAACCACAACCUACGCGAUCGCUACCUCCGAUUCGUAGUAAUCAAGUUUUUGCAGGUAAAACACAUUGUAUCGCUUUAUAAAGCCAGCCGGCUGCAGAAAAACAACAUUGUUCAAACAAAGCUCCACAAUGAUGGAGCUCCAGUGCGCCCUAGUGUUGAUCAGUGCAGGGCUAGUGUGUUCUACCCCACACGGGUACGGGGUCAAGAGCGGGGCAUUGGCUAAUGCUCAAGCCACUGCCGGCGCAGGAGCUUUUGCCGGCUUAGGUCAACCGACGUCACCGGGCGGCGCAUUCUCAGGAAGCUUCUCGAAAUCAUCCUCGUCUAGUUUUGCGGCGUCAAGUGCUAGUGCCAGUUCCAGCUCGUUCAGCUACAGUGGGUCUGGAGCUAGUGGCCAGCCGGGAGGCGGCGGGUGCGGCACCGGUGCGUGUCCAAACGGCGCUGCCGCCGGUGGGGGCGCUAAUGCGGCUGCUGGGUCCGCAGCGGUAGCCGGUGCCCUUCAGUACAACAAAGAUGGAACUCCAUGUGCAGGAAACUGCCCAAAUCGGACUCCAUGCGCAUCAGGAAACUGCCCAAAUGAGACUCCAUGCACUUUAGGAAACUGUGCUGGAAACCAUCCCGGAAACCCUCUAACGGAUUACAAUAAUGAUGAUAUACACGUUGGACCCGGUGAUGCCAAGAAUUCCUACACGCCGAAUAGCGCACCAGCAUUCAACAACAAACCUACAGGAUAUCCUGAAACCGGAUGCGCCUCCGGUAACUGUGGACAAUCUGGCCCUUCUCAAACGAAACCAACAUACGCCCCUGGUGCAGGUGACCCGUAUCCUGGACAACUUCAACCACCGAAGUGUGACUCUCCCAAUUGUAAAGUAUAUCAGCCUGGCACUGCACCUAGUGCUGGUGCUGCACCUGGUCUACCCUAUAACAAGCCCUCUACAUUCUUGUCAGCGCCAAAGGAAUCCCCAGCCCAUGGUUCUAAGUGCACUUCUCCAAAUUGCGGAUCCCCUGAUAUAAACUCAUAUCCCCCAAAUUCACCUUCAAGUUAUAAUGUUCCCAUUCACGGUGCGUACCCUGGCAGUGCUUCUCAAGCAAGUGGACCGCCCAACUGUUCAUCGGGAAACUGCGGCACCAAUAACUUCGACUCUUCAAAUAGCAAUUCUAUAUCGAACAACUAUUUAACUUCCAGUCAUGAGCCGAAUUCUCCAAACCACGGCGUUGAUAAACCCAAAUGCAAUACUCCUGAAUGUGAAAUGAGAACCCUCCAAAAACCCUUUGUGCCAUUAAAUAAGGGCGCUUCAAACUGCCCAUCAGGAAAUUGUGGUGGAUAUCCUUCUCAAGGCAAUGGACCCAGUGCCCCCGGUGCAACAUAUCCCGGUGCACCAAGUACGAAUCAACCCCAAGGUCAUCCCUCAGCAUCUUGCCAGGGUUCACCGAACUGUGCUGGUUUUCCUUCACCCGCAGCUCAUUCUAAACCUCCAAGUUAUGGAACCCCGUCAUAUAUUGCACCUUCUGGUCCUACAGGCAACAACUGUGAGUCAGGUAACUGCGGUGGUGUUACUCCAUCAGCUAACGCUGGUCAGAAAGAGCCUAUUUAUACUGGAGGAUUUGGAGGCCCUGCGGGAAUAUUAAAACCUAAUGGCGCUGGCCCAUCAGGGCCCUCGCCUAACUUUGGCAAACCUUCUUAUGGUAUUCCAUCAGGCCCUGCUUCAUCAAACUGUGCGUCAGGAAACUGCGGUGGUCCAACGCCGUCAGCUAACGCUGGUCCAGUGGGUCAAAAAGAGCCGGCUUAUACUGGAGGAUUUGGAGGCCCCGCGGGAAUAUUAAAGCCUAAUGCUGUUCCAUCUGGACCUUCGAGCUUCGGUAAACCUUCGUAUGGUAUUCCGUCAGGGCCUGCUCCAUCCAACUGUGCGUCAGGAAACUGUGGCGGAGUUCCCACUGCCCCAUCUCAAUACAAUCCUAAUGUUCCGAGCUAUGGCUCACCAUCCUACGCAACACCUACAGGACCCGCUGCCACAAAUUGCCCUUCAGGGAACUGCGCCAAUAUACCUACCGCACCAUCGUCAUUCCCUAAAACACCAAGUUACGGGGCUCCAGCUUACGUGGCUCCAAGUGCACACGGACCAUCAAACUGUGCAUCUGGAAAUUGCGGUGGACACACCCCCUCAACUAACCCUAGUCCAGUAGGACAAAAAGAACCAGUUUACACUGGAGGAUUUGGGGGCCCCGCAGGAAUAUUAAAGCCGAAUGAUUACUCGCUGCCUUCUAAAACUUUUACACCACCCCUCUCAACGCCUAACAAGCCAUAUAGUCCUGCAGCAGCGCCCAUCGCCAAUGCACCUAAUCCUGGUUUGCCGACACCCCACAGUAAUACGCCUAAACCUACGUCGGGAGUACACACCCCCGGCGCACAAGGAAAUUCUCCAUCUGCCUUCAAUCACGGAGCCGCGAGCAAUGCUGUGGCGGCAGCAGCGGCCUCGGCUAAUGCCGUGGCCUACACUGGUGGGUUUGGAGGACCGCCCGGAUUACUGAAACCAUACGACGGCGGGAAGCUUGACGCAGGAGUCUCAAGUCCAGGCGCCAAAUAUCAAUCAGGACCGGGAUCUCACAAUGGAAAUGCUUUAAGCGGUGCAGCGUCUGGAUCUCAAGCUGGCGCAGGAAGUGGUGGGUUUAACGGAGGUUACGGCCAUCAAGGCAAUGACAACAAGAGCGGAGCGGGUGGUUGCAACAGUUGUGGAGGUGGCGGCAACGGGUACGGCGGCGGGGCUGCGUUCGGCCUGGCUGCGGCGAAGAGCUCCGCGGGGGCGGGCGGCGGCGCCUUCGGCCACGCCGGGAGCUUCGCCUCCAGCUCAGCCACUGCACACGCCUCGAGCGGGGCAGGAACCAAAGGAGGUUAUGGAAGAUAAGAGCAACCAUAGAACAACGCGGACUCGGGUAGUGCAACAGUCUCAAUAAUUUAUAAGUUAAGUGAAAGAUGACCAUUCGGCGAUAGUUAUAAUAAAGUACCUACCUAUGUACUACUGUAACAAUAAGUUAGUAUUUAUCUAUGAAUUCUAUUAUUAUCGUAAAGAACUCGAAAUAUUGUGAUAGCUACCUAAUGGUAGUAUUUUAGUUGUUAAUAACAAUUCAACAGUGUUUUAAAAUAUAAUAUAUCGUUAAAUCAAA